CGCGACCUCCCAAACAAAUAACGUGCACGCCCAAUCUGGUUUCCGAGGCCUCACAGGGGCUUACGGCGGAACAGGUUGCGAUGCAAUCUGCGGCUCAAAUCGUAGAAGAGGUGACAAAACCCUGCUAAGCCAAUGCCGCCACUGGGGGUCGGGCCCCGCUCCAUUUCGAAACCAGAGAAGAACUCGAAGACGAAGAAGAAAGAAAUUGAAGAGGCGAGAGAAGACGCGACGAAACACACGCUGAUAGAUAGAUAGAUAGAUAGAUAGAUAGACAGAUGGGCUCUCGACGCUCGCUUCAGACUCUUCUCCAUUCCUCUCGCAUCCGCCUCUGCGUCGCUCGAUCCAUCUCCUCCACUCCCCGCCUCCAGAGUGUUGGAUGGUUCGACAAGAUCAAAGGUGUCAUCACCGGCAAAUCCACCACCGAUUCCAAGUCCUCCUCCUUCUCCCUCAUCGAAUUCGCCGAUCAGAUGGAGAAGGCGCGGAUGCUGAAUUCCUUCAAGAAGUUCGAGGCCGGCCGCUGCAGCGGCGCCACCGUCUCCGAAGCGUUCAAGAAGCAAUCCGUCAUCCUCCGAUACCUUGGCUCCAUCGAUCCAACAGGAGAGAAUCUCCAAGCUAGCCACAAACAUGAUGCGACAAAGCAUUGCAAUUGCACGAUAGCUGAUGUUGAACAUGUACUGGCGAAAUAUACAUGGGCCAAAGAGGCACAGAAGAAGAUAGAUAAGUUAAAGGAGGAUGGAAAGCCAUUGCCGAAGACCUUUAACGAGGUGCAAAAAUUGAUGGGCUCAACACCAUUCGAUGUUGGCAAGUCUAAUUUGGCGAAGAGCAGGGAAAUAAGCAGAAAUGCUAUCUGCCCAUGUGGAUCCAAAAAGAGAUACAAAAGGUGCUGUGGAAUGACUUGAGGUGAAAACAGCUGGUGGAUCUGAAAUUCUUUUCCAAGACUCUCAACUUAUGUAAGAUACACAACUUGUGGAAGUGGUUGUUGCAGCAACUACAUCAAAUUCGAACAUAGUUCAAAGUCAAGCUCUAUUUUUAUGUAAUUGAGUUUUUUAGGUGACAUUGCUGUGGGUAGUGAUGCUCUAAAUGUUAACCAUGCUCUUGAAAUCAAGGCAAUUUACUUCUGGCUGAUGGAGGAGGUUGAGACAGGCAGUUACAGCACCGACCAUUAUAUCAUCUACUGUAGAACUGAUACUGCAACAAUCUUCAUCAUUUUGUAAUUGCAGAAGCUAAGUAAAAUGCGAGAGAGCAUUUUCUCUACAUUCAGAGGUGCUUAAUUGAAGCCAUGGUGUAUCGAUGUAGUGGUUAUACUUUGACUUGAGGGAUAAUUUGCAGAGUUGAAGCUUGAUUAGGUCAUAAAUAUCAAGUAGUUUCUCUUAAUCAACAUGGUCUUUCAUCUGUUUAAUUACCGUUUGUUCGUUCUUUUCCCCAUUUCCUUUUAUUUUUAGAUUCAUACGAAGACAUAUGGGAUUUGAAGGUUUCAUUAUUUUGAUUGCAAGAAGAUUUGAUAUAGUGUA